UAAUGAAAACGGUGUCGUUUCAAAGGAAUUAAUUAGUGUAGAUAAGAUAUGGCUGUAUUUUCUGGGUAACCUAACAGAGUAAAAAUAGAAAAAGAAAUGAACUUUACCACUGAGGUCCGACUAGAACCUCCGGCAACCGGAGCGCCGUCGAAAUUGAAAGAAGAGGGUUAUGUUAUACGACGUCGUAAGGCGCUGAGAAGAGUGGACAGAGAGCUAUCCAAAGGCAACUUCAAGAACGCUCUCUCGCUUGUCAAGCAAUUAAAAGGGAAGCCAUUUGGCCUACGUGGUUUUGGCGCCGCCAAACAGGUGCCUAAAAAUGGAUCAGCAUUGGAUAAAUUUGAAUUUGAUGGGGUAAAUUUAUCGCCAUUUCGAGCAUUGGUUAAUUCGGUUAUGGAUUCGAUAGAAAACCAUGCUCAGUUCUCUUUAGAAGAUGAUGACAGUAGAGAGUAUAGCUGUGAAGAAGAUCAUUUCUUGUGUCUUCAACAUGAAGCUGGUCACUUUCUAGUUGGUUAUUUGCUCGGGGCUCUACCGAAAGCAUAUAGAGUACCAUCUAUGGAGGAACUGAGAUACGGAGAAUUUGCAGGAGCGAAAGUAGAGUUUUUGGGAUUUGAGUUCCUCCGAGAAGUCGGUGCUGCACAAAUGCUGAGGAAGAAUAACACCAACGAAGAAGCAUGCAGCAAGGGCAGUAGAGGCAAAAUUUCAUCAAAGACAUUAAACCAUUUUUCAUGCAUAAUAUUAGGAGGCUUGGUAGUGGAACACUUAGUAUUUGGACAUUCAAGAGGUCACUAUUACGAUGUUGACAAGCUAAACAGCACAUUUGAAUGGUUAAACUUGCCUGAUGUUGACGCAAGCUUCCAAGUAAGAUGGGCUGCGAUUAACACCAUCUUCGUGUUGAAUCGUCAUCAUAAAGCUAGAUCAAAACUAGCAGAAACCAUGUCAACCGGUCAAUCAAUUGGCUACUGCAUUGAAGCAAUAGAGAAUGCAAUUGAUGAAAAUGAAAUUUAAAAGAUUCAAUCAAA